UCUUCACAGUGGUGAUGGGACAGACACAGGACAAGGAGCUACAAAAUGAAGACGUCCUGACUGUUGAUUACUAUGAAAUUAUAAGCGAAAGUGAGGAGGAAGCACAUUCCAACAGCCCAGAAGAGAAUUUCAUUCAACUGGACACCUCCAUACUAAAGAUCUAUCCUGGUCAGCAACCAACAAGACCUAAUGACAACAACACUGAGCCCUCUUUCAAGCGGGGAGGAAAAAAGAUCAGUCACAGUUAUGACACGGAUGUUUUGCAGAAUGCCAGGACACCAAAUCCUCAACUGAGCCUGGCGGGACGUCCAUGUACCUCAGAAUUCAAAACAGCCACAAGCGACGCAACCACAACCAAUAUAUCUGCUACAGAGGACCAGCAACGACUUGACAAAGCAGACAGAAUGACUAACAAAACUCACCUCAAGGAGACUCCAAACAUGUUGGAAAGCUCUUGUCAAGGGGACUCGAGAGAUGAUGCCAUGAGUGUUGAGAAAAAUGAGAGACGGACAAUGUCUGAGAGAUACAACGGGAUGUUAGAGGCAGUGAGAAAGACCAGCGGUGAAAUACACAGGAAGUUUUCACUUGAAUCAGAAAAGGAUAAAUUACUUGAAAGUCACCCAUUCCAGAAAGUAGGAGAUUCAGAGAGUAAAGAUAAAGGCGAACUUCAGACCCUAUGUAGGGAUAUUGGGAAAAGUUGUGAUAAAGACAGUGUUGGAACUGUUUGGCACAAAGAAAGUACUGAUGCGGAUGGAUUUGAGUAUUUAGACAGAGCUAAUUCUUUACAUCCGGUAAUUGUAGCCAAAAGUCCAUCAAUUGCUGGACUACCCUCAUAUUCAGAUCACGCCAGUAACCAGGAUAAUUUACAAGAGGACAAAAAUAUCACUCCAGACAUGUUAAUGUGUAUUUUAAAAGAACCCAAUGACACCUCAAAGACACAUUUCACAGUAACACCCAAAGAAAACUUUAGGAAAGACCAAAGAAACCCAACUUUCCAUUCACCAUUGCUGGGAAAAGAAGGAACUGAACUUCCUGAAUGGGGUGAAACUGAAGGUAAGGACAAAAUCUUACAUACUCCAUUUGGUGAGUCUUCUUUAUUGAGAUCUAGAUUGACAACAAUGGACUCUGACACUGGCUCUGACACUGUUAUUGAACACACAAAUGCAGACACAGCUUUAGUCCCAUUGAGGAUUGAGGAGGACUUUGAACAAAAGGUAUUAAGCACAUUCCAUCCAGAUUUGAGCCAAAGUAAUGCCGUGUUUCACACUGAGAAGAAAAACUAUGACAAAGGGGCAUUUGCUAUCAGGGAAAAGCACUCGAUGGUCUUGUCAUCUGAGAGUUUAACUGAAUCCAGUGCUAAAAAAAUCUGUGUUAGCAAUGCGCCUCACCCAGCCAAAAAUGGAUUGUGGGGAACAGACGCACCAUGUGUGAAAAGAGACAGUGAAUCUGUUUAUCCGAAAGCUGUUCAGGCAAGAUCCACAGAAUGGAGGAAAGAUUGUGAUGGCCAUCCUAAUAGAAGACGUAAUACUUCACCUUUAUUUGAAUUGUCAGGUGGAAAUGGUAAAAUUGAAGAUGUACGUCUAGGCAAAAGAGUAUGUGAUCCAAAGAUCUACAAGCUGGAUGAUUCAAACACAGAGGUCAAAGAGAUUAUGUCCAAUGGUAAAUGUUCAGAUCAAGGGAUUGUAAACCAUUUCAAUUCUUUUUCUCACUCAGAUCUUGAUGCCACAAGAGUCGCUCAGAAGGCGUCUCAGCAAAGAGAAAAAGACCCUCUGUAUUUCACAGCUGUGAUCACACCAACACGCCAGAUUCAUACAUUUCCUGAUCACGAGGACUCUCAGUUGUACUUUCCUCGUUCUCAAAUACAAAACAUGAUGCCUGAUAUCUCAGCCGAAGACGUUCAGACAGACAAAAAGGCCAAAAUCAAAGGACCACCACCACCUGUUCCCAAGAAACCAAAGAAUCCCUUUAAAAAAGCCGCUCACCACAAAGAAUCUGCUUCUCAUUCCGUAGACGAGCCGAGGGAAUAUUCAGACCUGCUGCUGAAAAAUAUUAAAAUGGGCAGAAGGCAGGCGGCACUGCAGUCCGUUGAGGAUUUUAGCACGCAUGCAUCAUGUCUAGAUAUGUUACCUUAUUAUACCGACUCCCCUUCCUACAUGUGCAUGUCUGUAGAGUCUGAGAAUGCUGAUAUUCCAAGAUAUUAUUUAGUCCCGUAUGAUGAAAUUUCACCUGACUGCAAUAACUUGUUAGAAACCACAGAUGAUGAAGAACUAAAAGAAAUGGAUAUGUCUCAGCUGAGGCCAAUAUUAAAAAAGAAAGCAAAAAGAAAGGGCCCACCGCCACCUAUCCCAAAGAAACCUCAAAAUCCAUUUGUUAAAACAGACACAGAGCAGAUCCAAACAAGCAAAGACUCUGAAUUGGAAAUUGUGGAUCAUCCUUUGGAAUAUGGUAGACGUGACUCUGAAAGCUUCAUGAUGGACGUUGAAGAUGAAGAGGACUGUAAGCCCACUGCAUCCUUAACAAGACAUCUUCACGCCGCCUGUUCUGCUUCAGAGGAAAAUGAUCUGUCCAGAUUCAGACCCGUAUCCGAACUCAUCAGAGACAGCAACAAAAUCCACAAGAAAGUGAUACAUCACAGCAGGACAAACAUAAUGGAAGUCAGGCCAGAUGUGACUGCGGGAUGCCAGAGUCUAAAAGUAUCGCAGAUGAAGCAAGCCUUUGAUGUACAAACAUCUUCCCGUGAAAUGGAAAGAAGAUCCUCACCAAAGAAAGAAAUGAUCAGACGAGUGGUACGACAGAGUAAAUUCCGUCAUGUGUUUGGUCAGGCGGUGAAGAAUGACCAGUGCUAUGAUGACAUUAGAGUUUCGCGUGUUACCUGGGACAGUGCCUUUUGUGCAGUAAACCCCAAAUUUGUUGCCAUUAUUGUGGAGGCCAGCGGAGGUGGAGCUUUUCUCGUUUUACCUCUGCAAAAGACGGGUCGUAUUGACAAGGCCUACCCCACUGUUUGUGGCCACACGGGCCCUGUGCUGGACAUUGACUGGUGCCCGCACAAUGAUCAUGUCAUUGCCAGCGGCUCUGAAGAUUGCACAGUAAUGGUGUGGCAGAUCCCAGAGAAUGGCCUCACCUCAGCUCUUUCUGAGCCAGUCGUGGUGUUGGAAGGUCACUCCAAGAGAGUGGGCAUCGUGACGUGGCAUCCAACAGCCCGCAAUGUCCUACUAAGCGCAGGAUGCGAUAAUCUCAUCAUCGUCUGGAACGUGGGCACGGGUGAAGCUCUGAUCAACCUGGAGGACAUGCAUCCUGACGUGAUCUUUAGCGUCUGCUGGAGCCGCAACGGCAGCCUCAUUUGCACCGCGUGCAAGGACAAGAAAGUGCGUGUUAUUGACCCACGCAAGGGGAAGAUCACUGCGGAGAAGGAUAAAGCUCAUGAAGGAGCGCGGCCCAUGAGGGCCAUCUUCUUAGCUGAUGGAAACGUCUUCACCACCGGCUUCAGUCGUAUGAGUGAGCGGCAGCUGGCCUUAUGGAAUCCAAAAAAUAUGGAGGAGCCGAUAUCAGUGCAUGAAAUGGACACCAGCAAUGGAGUGUUGCUUCCCUUCUAUGACCCCGACACCAAUGUGGUCUACCUGUGUGGAAAGGGUGACAGUAGUAUCCGCUACUUCGAGAUCACAGACGAGGCGCCGUAUGUGCACUACCUCAACACGUUUUCCAGCAAGGAACCCCAGAGGGGGAUGGGAUAUAUGCCGAAAAGAGGCCUAGAUGUCAACAAGUGUGAGAUAGCCAGGUUUUAUAAACUCCAUGAAAGAAAGUGUGAGCCAAUAAUCAUGACCGUCCCUAGAAAGUCAGACCUCUUUCAGGACGACCUCUAUCCGGACACAGCGGGUCCAGAUCCGGUGCUGGAGGCAGAGGAGUGGUUUGAAGGCAAGAAUGGGGAACCGACCCUGAUCUCGCUCAAACACGGUUAUGUCCCGGGCAAGAACCGUGACCUCAAAGUAGUCAAGAAAAACGUGCUGGAUAACAAGGCACCCAAGAAGCUGGAGGAGCCAACAACUCCUCAGAAACCUGCCUCUCCUCAGCUAACCAGAAAGAAUGAAGUGAAGUUAGAGGAGCUUCUGCGAGAAGUCAAAUCUCUGAGAGAUCUGGUGACGCUGCAGGACAGGAGAAUCGCCAAACUGGAGGAGCAGGUGUCCAAAGUGGCGAUCUAAGACACUGCUGGCCUGAAAGAGAGAGAGAGAGAGAGAGAGAGAGAGAGAGAUUCGGAUGGGCAGGGGGUUCAGUCACUGCCAAAAUGUCUCAAUUUGACUCGAUCAUUCCACUUGGUGUCUCUCACAAGGACAACAUUCCAAGAUGGACUUUUACUUUUUUUGUCAAGUCUCCCCCAAGCAUUCGCAUAGCAGAAGCUAAAUUGUGGCAAUGAGUGCUCACUGGUUUUAACUGAUGUUUUACAUUUUGUUACAAAAAAGAAUUCGUACUUUUUUUGUUAUUGUAACAUUAUUUCCAUGAGUAUUCUGAUAUUAACCGCUAUGUUACAGAGUGUUGUUGUAUAUACACAUCAGUAUUUCUCUUUCCUUUUUUUUGUUGUGUUGCCAAAAUUGAGGUGAAACACUCACCUCUCGUUUUAUUUCUACUUUUAUAUGUUUUUCCCAGUUGUAGAUAGUGGCUUAUUACAAAAAACAACAAUAAUUGACAUGUCAUACUAUUCAAAGUGGGACAUCAGGAGAAAAGGCAGUGCUGUGUGGAAGUGAUUGUGAAGGUACUUCAGAUAAAACCGAUGAAGAUAUACUAAAUAUUCAUAACCAUUAAAAUGCGACAUUUAGGAUUUUAAAGUAAGUUCAUGAGACGAUCAAGCAUUAAGCACACUGUCAUCUUCUCCACCGCCUGCUUGGAGAUUGUUAUAACUGAUUAUAAAGCAUCCAACAAAACAGGGUUUUUUCCAAACACAACACAAUCAGUUACAAUAAAGCCAGAAGCAAUAACGCAAUGUUGCCGAAUGAAUGUGAACGUAAACCUAAACCACUUGUACUUUAGCAAGUAUUGUUCAGAAUGCAUUAAUCAUGCAUAUUUCUUCACAAAAACUCAAAAACCCACUGCUGUAACCUUAUGGUAAUUCUGAAAUUACUGUUGCACCUCAGGAAAUCAACCACUAUUGAGUCAGAAACAUGAGAUGGUCAACACUUGCCAUCUGCAUGGCGUUUUUUUUUGCCCACAGAAGAAGUAGGAGAUGGCUAUUUUAUUAGUAUUAUUAUUAUUAUUUGCUGUCAUCAUGAUCCACGUUCUCCAGUUUGCCCCGCUUUCCAAUUCUUCUCAUGUUACAGAAUAUGGGCCUGACAGAUGCUCUGAUACGUGAAGCCGGCUUUAAGAGGCAGCGAUGAUGACCUGCGAGCUCUUCUGAUGUACAUGUACUGUAAAUGUAUUGGUGCCUCUAUGUGUGUUUCUGGUUUUAGACAGAACUCCUCAGUUUUGACCGCUGCUGGAGGACAGACAUCCAUCAGUCUGAGCACUUAUCUGUGUCCUGAACAGUCUUGUGCAUGCAUUCCAAACUUCACCUAAAAUAAAAAAAAAGGUUGACUCUACAAUAAAUCCUUUCAUUCAUAAUUCUUCA